CUUUCAAUAUUGUUUGAGACUCCGUUGUGAGACGAUCGUCGCGCAGUGCUUGAAUAAAAAUCUAAAUAGAAAUAAGAUUUAAAGACAAAUAAUAGUUUAUAUGAUGUACAUUUAGCAGUGCAGUUAAUAGUUUAUAUACACAAUAAAAAACUUCAAAAGCUGAAAAAUAAAUUGAAGCAAAAUGAAAUUUAAUUGAGCGAGCAGCCAAACCAUUUCUUAAAAUUUCAAUAAAACCAAAGAAGAACUGGAUAAUUUCUAAAAUUUGAGCAAUUUCAAUUGAAUUUGCAAUUAAACAAAUGAUUUUUAGUUUAUCUAAAGAAAUCGCUUUGCGUUUCUAACAUCAUUUCGUAAAGAUUUUGUGUUAAUUGUUUACACGCGGCUGUAAUUAAUGUGAAGUGAUCCAAAAAAAACGUAAUUAACUUUAAAAAAAAGAGCAUAAAAAAUGUGCGAAAACGAUUUGUAAAUAAUUAAAAACCCAAAAUUGUAUGUUCCAACUGAAGCAAAAAGUAGGCCAAAUAUAAAUAUUACAUAUACGCCACCGUCACAAGGCAUCAACCCAGCUCGCUUGCACUCUCUGUCUCUCUUUCUCUGUCUAUCUCUCUCUCUCUCUGUCUGUCUCUGCCUUCCGCUCUUAUCAAUAUUGAAUGAGCCCAAUGAGUGGACUGCGUCAUCAGCUAAAGAUGUUGGGCACAGCGUUGCUUGGCAAACGGGCCACAAAGCCCGUUAAAAAGAAACCCUUCACAGACGUUGAAAUAAGCGAUCUGCGCACCGCAUUCGAUCUAUUAGACAGAAACCGAGAUGGACGCGUUACGGCAAAUGAAUUGCAGUUUAUGCUCAAGAAUCUGGGCAUUAAUGUGCGUGAUGAAAUUAUACAUGAUCUCAUACGUGAGGCAAGCCAUUCAGGCAACGGCUUAAUCAACGAGGCCGAGUUUCUGCAGUGGGUGGGCAGAAUCCAGGCGCUGCGGGACGAGCAGCAGCAACAGCACGAUGACAGCACCAGCAAUGCCAGCAAACCCGUCGACGAGGCCGACGACGUAACCGAGGAUCUAAUAGCUGCAUUUAGAGUAUUUGAUCGUGAUGGCAACGGGUUUAUCACACGAGAUGAACUGCAAACGGCAAUGGAAAUGAUUGGGGAGCCCUUGAAUGAGCAGCAGGUGGAGCAGCUGCUCGCUAUUGCCGACUUGGAUCAGGAUGGCCGCAUUAAUUACGAGGAGUUUACGAGACUUUUGCUGUAAGCGACGAACGUAACGCAAUUUCGUUUGGGGCAAAAGCUUAACAAAUGAAACUUAAUUAUACUCAGUCGGAAUUCAUGAAUGUUUUAUACAAAACAAGAAAAAGCAAAACAAAAAUUAUAUUUAUAUAUGAAUUAAUUAUGCUAAGAAACUAAGAGAAAGCAGCAGCACAUUAGAACGAACUUUCAAAACUUUUGCAAUUUGAAAAGUGGAAAAACGGGAAGUUUUCUCUUGGACAAACACAAACACACACAAAAUACACACACAUUAGUUUCUAAAUCAUUUGUAAAAAAAAAAAGAAGAAAAUUCUUAAUAUUCAUUUUUUGUACGACUUUAGUUAAUAGUUGGAACCGUUUUGUAUAAUUAUGCUCGUUCACAAAAUGAAAAGAGUCUAUGGAUUCGUUCGUCUGGAUGUCUGAAUCUAGUUACUUUAAAUUUGGAACAUAUUAUUUAACAAUAUUUUCUAAUACGCCAAUUAUGGAGUCUCUUAGUAAUUUGGAAAGGGGGCUAACAGUUCAACCGGGUUUUAGGUACUUUCUGGGCAUGGAAAAACUAUGUUUUUCAUAGUUUUCCACUCGAGAUCUGUAGCUCUAUUAUCUAAUAGCAAAUCAUAGAUUUUUUCUAACCAAUUCGAUCAUUUUCAAAUCGUGAGCGAGUAUGCCGCAGUCGGUUGUACCCGAAUGCCAAGGUCUUAAUUGUUUUACUUUUUUAUAAAUUCAUAAAUUUGUUUACGUAAUAAACAUUAUAUGAAAUUACAUCAUAUAACAUACAUAUAAAUAUAUAUAACUAUAUAUAUAUAUAUAGAUAUGAAAAUUCGGAUAAGUCUGAGAGCGUGAGUGAUAUUGUGUUUAGGGUGCUGCAUUGACAAAAAAUUCAAAGAAAAAUAAUAACUAUAAAAAAAAAAUCAAAGAAA